AGAGCCUCCCGCACCAUGCCGGGGCUCCGCACCGUGCCCGGCCCGCCCGCCUUCCUCCACCUCCUCCUCCUCCUCCUCCUCCUUCCCGCUGCCAUCCCCGCCGAUCAGCUGAGGCCCGGGAGCCGUCGGGCCGCGGUGGCAGCGGCGAGGGUGGCCCUGCAGUACCGCAACUUCCAGAAGGGCUCGCCCGGGCGGCUCUGGGCGCUGGGGCAGCUCCGCAAGGCCACCGUGAAGAACAUCCCAGACCUGGGGCACAAGUAUUACCUGCAGUUCAGCACAGAAGAUUACAGGACUGGGGAAAACGCUGGGAACUGCCUGGCCACCGUGUUGUAUCCAAGGAAAAAGACUCCUCCUGUUGUCAGCAUCAAGUGCUCCAACACCAAAGACCAGAAGGAAAUCCAGGAAGAGGACAACAGAUUCUACCAAAGAAUUAGGCAGCAAACCAAACCAAUAACUGGGAGCAAUAUUCCAGACAGCUAUGGCAACAUUGAGCCUGCCCUGGAGCCAGCCUGGGCUCUGGCUGUCGCUGGCAGCAGCUCCAUCAUGUGGGAGAAAUCCACAGAGGACCUGGGAUACUUCCUGGCACAAGUGAAGUCGGUGAAGCAAUGGAUGAGGAAAGAUGAUUUCAUUGAGUUUGAUUACACCGUCCUGCUCCAUGAAAUGCCAACACAGGAGAUGAUCUCCUGCCACAUGCGCCUCACGUGGCUCCCGGGGCACCCUCUGAGAGAGAAACACUUCUGUGCCUCCCAGAACCACGGGCUGGAGGAGGGAUCCGGGCUGGGCUCGGGAUCAGCUGCUGGGCUUUCAGAGGAAAGGGGGACCAGCUCCUGAGGGAGAUCCACACCAUUCCUGCAUCCAGGGAGCACAUCCCUGUGCUGCCAGAGCUGGAGCUGGGACCGCUCUCCCACCCCGGGCAGUGAUUGGGAUGCUUUCACUACUCUGUUCUGUGCCAAAAUUAACUCCUGUCCCUUCUCAAACUGCAAGACUCGAGUUCUAGAGAGUUCUACCUGAAGCCUUUGCUACUCCACACCUACACAGCUGAACACACCCAGGUUGAUUCCUUGUCACUGAUUACCUGUAACGUAGAGUUUGUAAACAAAGUUAAUAUAUUGGGGGGAAAAAAAAUCGCCAGGAAAGCCUUCAUCUGCCACGAAGAAAUCUUUGCCUACUGAUUUUUUUGGGGGUCAUUUUUCGGGAUGGAAUCGUGCUGGUUUUCAACUCAACCUCUCCAAUAAACCAAAUGCCAUCACUCAGGGG